CCCGCCCCUUUAAAACCCUUUUCCAACUCUUCUCAUUAGGCCCUUUUAGAUCGAUCCCUUUGGCCAUAGUAUCUCAUUAGGCUGAUCACAUUUCCCUGGCAUAUAUAGCAAGUUCCACACCCCACCGCCACUCUCAAACCUUCUUUCUUUCCCCACCCCCCCUGAAGCAGAAACAAGAAAACUCGAAAUUCUUUGUCCUUGUCUCUUCCCCAUGAUUCCAAACUACCUUACCUCAGCAUCACCAUCUCCUUUUUCUGUUCGCGAUCCCAUUCAAGAUCAUGAUGAACACGAUCGUCCUCAGCUCUUCUUUCCAAAUUACCAAACGGCCUCGUCAUCUUCCGUUUCUUCUUCUGGUUUCCGCAGUAUAGCUCAGGAUCAAACUGAAGAUUAUCAUGCUCAAAUGCACCAGCAGCGGUACCAACAACAGGUUGAAAAUCAUGCUCCAUACACUGGAUCACAGGAUCCAGAGAAGAAGGCUAACAAAGGCUCAAAGAUAUCUCUGCGGAAGAAUAAUACUAAUGGAAACCAAGCUGAUUAUCAUGAGGAGAUCAAUCCAGUUAAUAAUAAGUGGGUGUCUUCAAAGGUGAAGUUGAUGCAGAAGAUGAACAAGCCUGACCUGAAGGAGAUAACGAGCAGCACCACCACCGCCAUGAAAUUUGAGGAUCAUCAGAAGCAGCCAACUUCAGCUUCUCCUGAAGCUGAUCAUUUCAGCAGCAACAGUUCCUCAAACAUCAGCAACACUCCAAUUAGGGUUUGCGCUGAUUGUAACACAACCAAGACCCCACUUUGGAGAAGUGGUCCAAAAGGCCCUAAGUCGCUUUGCAACGCAUGUGGGAUCAGGCAAAGGAAGGCAAGAAGGGCCAUGGCUGCCGCUGCGGCUGCCGCAAACGGCACUUCCCCUCCAACAUAUGACACUACAGCACCACUGAAGGUCAAGGUGCAAAACAAAGACAAGUUAAAGAGCAACGGUCAGUUCAAGAAGCGGUGCAAACUCAAUACUUCUGCUGAGUCGUCUCAAAAUCUUCAUGCAGUACAAAAGAAGAGUGGUUUCGAGGACUUCUUAUUCAAUUUGAGUAAGAAUUUAGCCUUUCAUCGCGUGUUUCCGCAAGAUGAGAAAGAAGCUGCAAUCCUGCUAAUGGCUCUAUCUUGUGGUCUGGUUCAUGGUUAGCUGAAUUUGAUCAGUGGGGUGGUCCUAUAAACUAUUGCCUUAAGUCCCCAUACGUUGCCUAGGUUUAAUUGUUUCUUGUUUUAUUUGCUCAAUGCCAUUGGAUCAAAAGCAUGAACGUGUGAUAGUGAUUAGAGUUAGAUCAGUAGGAGAAUGAGAGAGAGUAACCUAUCUAGCUGGCUUGCAAAUAAUAUCUAGCUACUCAUAAUCAAUUUUAAGGACGAAAAUAAAUUUGUGUGAUGAUUUAUUUUCUUAUCCUUUAUGAUAGAUUUGAACAGGUUGAUAACCAAAAUGUGGAUAUCCUGUUCUUGAUCUAUCUACGUGUGCUACCAAUUUUAAUGAAGUAUAUUUUGGAUCAUCCAGAGAUAGUUUCACUUUCUUUA